GUGUCGGGGGUGCGCAUGGUGCAGACGCGGGGCUCACGGGGCCUACGCAUCGCGGGAGGUCAAAGGUCAAUGAGCUUCCCGGCCUCCCAACUCUUCAUCAACUGCCACCACUUCCCUUCCGAGUUCUCCAUUGUCACCACAAUCAAUAUACCUGUGGCCAAUCAACAGAGGGAUUCUGAGUACGUCUUUACGCUAUUGGACGAGGGCAAGGACCGCGUGUUGCUGGGCCUGAGCGUUGCCCGUGGCGACCUGCACUUCAUCUUCUGGAGUGAGCGUGGCCGGCGCCGUGUUCCGUUUAGGAGCGUGUCUCUGGCAGACGGGCGGUGGCACACUCUCGUGCUGGCGGUCAGCGGGCCCUACGCUACGCUCACACUGGACUGCGGCAUGCCACUCGAACUGUUGCUAGAUGGUGCGUUCCCGUCUGAGCUGGACACUACAGGAUCUCGCUUCUUCAUCGGCAGCCGCAGAAGAUACAGAGGCCUCUUCUCAGGUCUCCUGCGUCAGCUAGUGUUACUGCCAGGUUCUGACGCCACUCCGCGUGUGUGCCCAUCAGCUGUGCCCAGCCUGGCAGUUCUCUCCGUGCCACCCUCACUCCUUCUCAUACCCCCACAGGACGGCAGUGAUAACCAACUGCCCAUGUUACCCUAUGAGGCUGAGGUGAGGGUGACAGAGGGUAUGGCGCCCCCUUGUGGAGAGCUUCAACAAGGACAGCUGUGGGUUGACACGCAGCACAGAGGCCUCUACCUGUGUGACGGGCUCAUGUGGCUGCCCAUGAUACAAGAGCACACUCGUCUGGACUAUGUGGAAGACCAUCAGCAUCUGUACACGCGUUCCAAGACCUUUGACACAGAAGUCUUCACACUGCCUGAUAUGGGCCUGUUCCUGGCCACAGCCGGACGGGAUUCACACUCUGGAUCCGCACUGUAUAGGUGGCAGGAGGGGGAAUUCCGUCUCUUUCAGAACAUCAGCACCCACGAGGCCCAGGCAUGGAAGUUCUUCACCAUCGGGAAGAGGUGUUUCCUUGUAGUGGCAAAUGCAGGUGGCACUGGCGGGGAGUACUCGGUCAUCUACAAAUGGAGCUCCCAAAAGCAGAAGUUCUUCCACUACCAGCGGCUACGCACCCACACCGCGCAGGACUGGGAGGCCUUCAGCAUAGAGGGAGAGGCCUUCUUGGCUGUGGCCAAUCACAGGAGAGCUGAUAACAACCAUAACAUAGACAGUGUGAUCUACAAGUGGAACGUAGGCACCAGAGUAUUCCAGGUCAACCAGACGAUACAAACAUCAGGCGCUUAUGACUGGGAGUUCUUUAGGGUGGGCCCUUAUCAUUUCCUGGCUGUGGCCAACACGUUUGAUGGCGAGACCACACGCAUCAACUCCACCAUCUAUGUCUGGGUGGCUGGACGCUUCACACACUUUCAGAACAUCACUACAUUCGGGGCCACUGAUUGGGAGAUGUUUGAGAUCGGAGGACGGGUCUUUCUAGCAGUGGCCAAUGGGGAGCUUCAUACAGCCGGCUCCAGUCUGUACUCCAUAGACUCCACCAUCUAUGAACUCAACAUGGAUCUUCAGAGGUUCAUACGCUUUCAGGACAUACUCACACACACGGCUGUAGACUGGGAGUUCUUCACAAUUGGGACCCAGAGUUUCCUUGUGGUGGCGAACUCCUAUAACGGCACAUCCUACACACUCAAGAGUGUCAUCUACAGGUGGCAGGGCUCAGAGGGCUUUGUGGCUGCCCAUGACCUACUAACAGUGGGCUGCAGAGACUGGGAGUUCUUCAACACCACUGAGGGGUCCUUCCUCGUCUACGCCAGCGCAACCACAACACUCUCCAAGGUGUUUAGACUCAAGACCUACUGAGGGAACUCUCUACGGUAAAAAUCAGCACAACCCCAACUCUCUACUGAGGCAACCUCAAAACUGUUUUAAGUCUGAAGACUCAAGACAUACCGAGGGAACAUCAACUCUUUCCAAGGUGUUUAGGCUCAAGACCUACUGACGCGUCCUCAUCUUCAUCUAUACAAUCAACACGGCCCUAAGUGUUCGCAGUCAAGACCUACUGGCUCCUUCCCUCAUCUAUGCCAAUACAGCCUCAACACUGUCCAUGGUGUCUAGCCUCAAGACAUACUGAGCCAACAUCAACACUGCCCAUGGUGUUUAGACUAAUACUGAGGGAACCUCAUCAGGGCAACCUCCACUCUGUCCAUGGACUAGGCCAUAAACCUACUUCCUCAUUUCUCGUCUACGUCAGCACCUUAGACUGAGGACUGAUGACUUUUCUCUUCCAAGAGUAUCAGAGAAUUGGAUUGGCAGAAAGUGAACUUCUGUUAGAAAGAGAAGUUUCACAAUGACGUGCAUUGUGACCUAACGUUUGAAGUCCUACAUGUCCAAAAGUCAAGUCAUCUGCUCCAAGGUAGACCAAAGAUCCUGCUAUAAAAUUGCAUUUCGAAGUACUGAGAGCUUGGAGUAUCAGAA